GUGAAUCUUCUCCACUCGUAUCUCAUAUUCUCCUCAUUUCCAUCUUCAACUUUACAUUUUUCUCAGCUUUCGCCCUCCCCUUUUAUCCAAAAAUACACCUGUACUAUUCUUUCCUUCCAACUCCUUCAUUUCAAAGCUCCUGUAAUCCCAUUACAACAAGUCUCUGCGCCACUGUAGUUAGUUUGUACUCGUAGUUUGGAGAGCGUUUCAAUGGCUUCGGUCUCUGCUUCUUGUCUUAGCUUCCAACCCUUGCUUUUCCACUCCAACAAGACUAGUCUGGUAGCAGGGAGAACUAGUUCAAACAUGGUUUCGGGGAACUGGGCAAAGAAUGGCUUCCCUUCUUUAAAGGCCUCCCGGUUCCGCAUCUCCUGUGCGGCAAAACCAGAGACAGUGGACAAAGUUUGUGAUAUUGUUAGGAAACAACUGGCUUUGGCUCCUGAGAUCAAGCUCAGCCCCGAAUCCAAAUUCUCUGAACUCGGAGCUGAUUCCCUCGACACUGUGGAGAUAGUGAUGGAAUUGGAGCAAGAAUUCGAGAUUAGCGUGGAAGAGGAGAGCUCUCAGAACAUAACAACAGUCCAGGAAGCAGCAGACUUGAUUGAGAAACUCGUUGAAAAGAAAGCCUGAACUACAAAAGCAAAUUUGGAGCGGCUUGUGUUAGGAUCAUUUCAUGGAUUUACUUUCUUUGUCUUCGCUUUGCCUUUUGCCUGAGUUUCUCCAUUUCUUUAGAGAGGUAGAUGGAUUGAACUUCAAGUUUUGUUUUAUUGAUCGUGGAUGUAAUUGAUAAUCAGCUUGGCUAUGAUUAAUUUUGUGUGCGAGGGAAUCACGGAGAUGAUGCUUAUUAGGUUGCCUAUACUUAAGCCUCAAGUAUCAAACUCAUGCUGCCUCUUUACUUCAUCCACAAGUUGCUGCCUGCCUUAAUCUAUUCCCAUUAUUUGCUCCUUCCGUAUA